CUAUAAAAAAUUAAAUGAAUAGAAUAUUUCCGAGCAAAGGGAAAAUAUACUACGGAGUAAUAUAUAUUUUGAAAUAUCUAUUUAAUUCUAAAUUUAGCUAGAGAAAGGUACAUGUUGCUAUAGGAAUUGGGUGGGGACCCGAGUGUUGAUAACUUGUGGUCGUUAGUUUUCAAUAGGGUAGAUUGCCCGCUGGAAAGACGUGGUCGGUUGAAAGUUGUUCCGUCACUUCCGUGUUGGUCAUUUGCUCGCGCAGUUUCUCAAGCAUGGCGGUUCUGAGCAGAUCGGUGGCGCCGUUCCGACGGAGCUGCGUGGGUUCGAUCCGCCGAUUUUGUUCAGGUGCAGACUCGAAACUGGCAGCUGCUCUACGGACCGGGAAGCCCGUCGAGGGAAGGAAUGUCCAGUGGGUGUUUCUCGGCUGCCCCGGCGUCGGCAAGGGCACCUAUGCCGCUCGCCUCUCGAAUCUUCUCGGCGUUCCUCAUAUCUCCACCGGAGAUCUCGUCCGUCAGGAACUCUCCACCCCUGGCCCUCUCUCCUCCCAGCUGGCAGAGAUUGUUAAGCAAGGGAAACUAAUUACUGAUGAAAUCAUAAUAGAUUUACUAUCAAAGCGGCUUGAGGCUGGUGAAUCUAAGGGUGAAACAGGUUUCAUUCUUGAUGGAUUUCCUCGAACUAUAAGACAGGCGGUGAGCAGUAUUUUUUCAGUAAUUGCUUAAAUACUAGGUUACCUAGCAUAUGCAACAUCUAGCUUGAGUUUUUAAGUUGUACAAAUACAUAUGUACUCUAUAGUAUUAUUUAAGCCAAACCGCACAUACCCAAAUUGGCCGAUUAUUCCACUCGGAAGUAGGGUUGGGGAGGGGGGGGGGAUGAUGUACUGUGUGCAGACCUUACCUCUAUCUCAAGGGGUAGAGUAGUAGAACGUAAUGUAAACACACUUAUGUAGUAUCUCUCUUGUUUAAUUGUGUAUGACACUAUUUAUUCUGAUUAGGGACUCUCAAUUGCACAACAAUAAAUUUUACUAGACUCACUUUUAGUUACUCCAAGUAUUUGUGGAGAAAAGCACACAUGUGCACGCUUAUGUAUGUGUGGUGG